AUGUGCAACAACCGUAUCACAAGAUCCUCGAAGAAUACCCCUGGUAUCACAAGAAUAACUUCAAUGAAAUUAACACCGAAGAACGACGUUGAGCAUUUCAUCGACACCAAUGGACCACCACUUCAUUGUCGUGCACGUCCAAUCGCACCACACCUAUACGAGCAAGUUCGAAAGGAAUUCGAAAACAUGAUUGAGCAAGGAAUAUGCCGUCCAAGCAAAAGCCCUUGGUCAUCACCACUUCACAUUGUACCGAAAAAGAACGGAGAAUUACGAGUUUGUGGAGAUUACAGAAGACUGAAUUCUAUUACCACUCCUGACCGCUACCCAAUACCGCGAGUCAGGGAUUUCACUCAUCAACUAUCAGACAAGACUAUAUUCUCCACCAUCGAUCUCAACAGAGCUUACCAAGUCCGCGAUGAAGACAUAGAGAAGACAGCAAUAAUUACCCCAAUGGGAUUUUUCGAAUUCCCAAGAAUGAUCCCAGGAUUAAAGAACGGAGGUCAAACUUUCCAAAGAUUCAUACACGAAGUACUUCAUGGACUGGAUUUCGUUUUCGCAUUUAUUGAUGAUCUCCUUGUUGCAAGCCCUGAUAAAGAAACGCACGAAACCCAUCUACGCACCGUGCUACAGCGAUUAGAAGACAACGGAAUCACAAUCAACCCUUCGAAAUGCAUAUUUGGACAGCAAGAAGUUCAAUUUCUUGGUUUCACCGUCAGCAAGGAAGGAAAAAAACCGCCUGCCGAAAAAGUCAGAGCAAUCAUCGAUUAUGCAAAACCUAAAACUAUCGAAGAGCUAAGGCGUUUUCUUGGGAUGAUAAAUUUUUACAGAGAACACAUACCUAAAGCCGCUGAAAUCCAAGCACCACUUCACGCCUACCUCCACAACACUAAGAAAAAAGAUAAAACGUCAAUCGAAUGGAACGAUGAAGCCACGAAGGCAUUUGAAGCUUGUAAAAUUGCGAUCCAAAAUGCAGCUUUACUCGCUCACCCAUCACACGAAGCAACCCUUGCUAUCUUCAGCGACGCAUCCGAUCUCUCAGCAGGAGCAGUUCUCCAACAAUACAGCAAUGGGAAAUGGCAACCACUUGGAUAUUUUUCGAAGAAGUUCUCCGAUACUCAACGUAACUACAGUACAUUCGACCGAGAGCUACUCGCUAUUUACAUGGCUAUCAAGCACUUCAGAAAAACGUUCGAGGGUCGAAACCUGAUCGUUUUUACCGACCACAAACCAUUAACAUAUGUACUUCCAAAGAAACCAUCACUAUCGGAAACACCACGAAGAGCAAGACAACUUAUUUUCAUAAGUGAAUUCACGACCGACAUACGUCACAUCAGUGGAAAGGACAACGUAGUUGCCGACGCACUCAGUCGCGUACCAAUCGACAGUGUAACGUGCCCUACAUCAAUCGACUAUCAUAAGAUCGCCGCAGCACAAGACAGAGAUAGUGACAACAUAAAACAUCUAGCGAAGCAAGGUAACUUGUCCAUCAAGCAAGUUACAAUGCCAAUGACGCAUCUACCUAUAUACUGUGAAGCCUCAACGACAACCAUGCGACCAUACAUACCAGAAGAAUGUCGUCGCGAAGUCUUCAAUGCACUGCACAACAUUAGUCAUCCAGGUGUUAGAACAACAAGAAAACUCAUCACUGAAAAAUUCUUUUGGCCUGCAAUGCAAGCGGAUGUUGGCAACUGGGCGAAGCAAUGCAUUCAAUGCCAAAAAUGCAAAGUACAAAGGCAUACAUCAAGUAGUCUAGCUACAUUUCCACCCACGGAGAGAUUCGAACACUUGCACAACAACAAGAUGGCCAGAAGCAAUACCUACCGAUGA